GUUUGCUCACUGUAGUCAUCCUGGCAGUCAAUCUAUCCUCAGGCUAAGCCAAACAAGCUGAUCAGCCAGUCACCUCUGUACACACUACCCCCCACUAAGAGGCUAAUGGCUGGGACCUAUAAUCCUUCUCAAAACAACCACAGUGAUGCUAAUUGUAUCUAGCUAUAAAUACAGUUUGCCUCCUUGUCCUCUUUCUUUAUUAGGCUUGACUCCGACAACCUGGAUCCGCCGCUGUGCACCGGCUUUAACAUUUGCCCAAAUACCGGGAAAGAGUUGCAUAAGAGAGGCCGCAGAUAGAUGCUGCGAGUGUCAAUACGCUUGAAAAAGAAAGCAGCGAGCGCACGGAGCUUUACGCACGGUUGGAUACAUCAUUCCAUGCGGUCUUUGAACAUCUCCAAACUUCUUCGGUGAGCUAGUGAGACGCAGCCAGCCGAGAUGUUCCCACUGCCGAUGUUCACGCCGGACCAGGUCGCUCGCGUGUGCGAGAACUUGGAGGAGACCGGGGACAUCGAGCGCCUCGGCAGGUUCCUCUGGUCCCUGCCCGCCGCCGUGCCCGGCUCAGCCGGGGAGGCGCUGAACCGACACGAGUCGGUGAUGCGAGCGCGAGCGCUGGUCGCCUUCCACGGAGGAAACUUUGACGCUCUGUAUCAGAUCCUCCAGAGCCACCGGUUUACUCGCGAGUCACACGCCAAGCUCCAAGACCUGUGGCUGGACGCGCACUACCGAGAGGCGGAGAGGCUCCGAGGGCGGCCGCUGGGACCGGUGGAGAAGUACCGGAUCCGCAAGAAGUUCCCCCUGCCCCGCACCAUCUGGGACGGCGAGCAGAAGACGCACUGCUUCAAGGAAAGAACUCGCAGUUUGUUGAGAGAGUGGUACCUUCAGGACCCCUACCCCAACCCGUCCAGGAAGCGCCACUUGGCCCAGGCGACGGGACUAACACCCACACAGGUCGGCAACUGGUUCAAGAACCGCCGCCAGAGAGACCGCGCUGCAUCUGCAAAGAACCGAAUGCAGCAGGAUCCCUCCCUCCUGCCCUCUGAGAGCUCACCUGACGGCUCCCAUCAGGAGCGCCACCAUCACCCCCACUUGUUGCCUAGCUCCCCUCGCCAUCUGGGCAGCCCGGAGACCAGCGACUGUAGCACAGAGACAGAUCGCAGAGGAACAGGAGCCUCCACCCCGGACAUCUCAGUCAGCAGCGACAGCGAGUUUGAGUCUUGAGACGAUGGACUCUUUUUCAAAGACGGACUCCCGUUCACUGCGGAGGUGGAAACACUUGAACUGUCUGUGGACACACUGGAGGUGUCCUCGGCGAGAGUUGGUCACUCAAUGUGGCUGUGGCUG